CAUCGAUUUUAAUUCCGAUACUUUGUCGGUGCCGCUGUCGUCAGCUGUUGCGCUGAAAGUAAAUAAACAAGUAAAAUGUAAUUUUUUGCAGUUAUUGGCAAAGAUAAUGCCCCGAUGUACCUGACUACAUCGGAUAUGGAGCAGGAGCUGGACCUGCAGUACCAUGUACACGCCGCUCUGGACGUGGUAGAGGAGAAGUGUUUGAUUGAGAAUCAUAAAAUGUAUGCUCAGCGUGGCGCUAAGGCUAACCGGUGUUUUUUGUCUGCAUUCAGCUAUGGCUUCGUCACCAAUUCCAGGGUGAAAUUCAUAGUGGUCAUUGAUUCCGAGAACGAGGUGCGAGCGACCUUUCGAAACCUGCAUAUCCUCUACACAGAUGCCGUCUGCAAUCCCUUUUACAUUCCGGGCGAGUCCCUGACUUUCAAAAAAUUCGAUCGUGCCGUACAAAAAUUGAUGAGCGGCAACGCAUAGCUUUAGGUUACAGCUAAAUGGGCAAUAAAGUAAAUUAUUUAUAAUCAAAAAAGA